UUUAAAAUAUUUUUUAUAUAUAAUCUAUAUCAACUCGACGGCUUAAUACCAAUGAAGAGCAUUUACUCAUAGUUUCUUUAUUACCAUGCAUUAAUAUCCGCCGCCUGGCAACCCUGUCCGCCAGCUGCCGACUUUUCCUUGCUUUUGGGCCAGGCCCACUCCGCUUUCGACCACGGCAACUCACAGCGAACAGUGAGGGUUGCGGUCUCGUCCAGCUCGCCGCGCGGGUCCGCCAGUUUUAGUUGCGAACAAACUUCGGCGGGGAACAGAAUGAGUCGUGCAGAGCACUGGAGCCCCACCAGAAAAUAAAAAUAGGCAAAAUACUGAAACAGCAACUUGAGGCACAGCUAGUGUUCAACUCGUACAUACACAAGUACAAGAAAAGCGGAAACAGGAAGUGUCGAUAUAAUUAGGGACAAAAACGCAAUUUUAAUUAUCGUUAGUGUAAUCAUAAAUGUGCAUUUUAAUGUGAAUUGUGAGUGUUGGGUGUGCUGCACUUUUUGCUAGACAAUUUCUUUCUCUUUUUCCCUUCGCAAAUUAGUUAGUGUGGCUUAAUAAAAUAUAUACAUACAAAUAUAGUUCGAUUGAACGGUUUUAUACAUGUGUUUAUGUGCAAGUAUUUUUGCUAAAUUUAUAACAUUACAUUGACAUUGAAUGUACACUUUUUGAAUGCUCAUGCAAUUAUUGUAAUUUGAGUAAAGGACCGUUGACCGCUUUCAAACGACAAAGGACUAGGUACCGGGGACCUUUGUCCCAAAGACUGUGAUUGUGUGUGGCCAUCUUUCUUUGUUGUGCGAAUCAGGGGGUGUGUCCAAGGGGGAGUUGGGCAGCUUUUUACAUAAGCAGGGCGAGUUGCAAAUGGGACGGCCACCUGCGGCGGCUACUCAACGCUGGGAGCCCUCGCUUUGUUCACCGCUGAGUGGUGCGUGUCCUUGCAACGUGACAGCCCGAUUGUGUGUAAGGAUAUGCAAAGAAGCCCCACAGCAGCGGAAGUCAGCUCCACACCCCGACAAUGGCCCACUUAAAACUGGACACCCUCCACGUGCAGCGAAGUCCCCGCGGAUCCCGCAGGAGCAGUCCGAGCAGCGGAAGGAGCAGUGCCUGUAGUUCCGGGAGCCUCUCCCCGGUGCCCAUCAUCCCGAUCAUCGCUAUCAGCCACGAUGGCGACGAGUCCGAGUCAGAGUCGGAAAUCGAAACGGAGCCAGCCCGCCUCUUUCAGCGCCGCAUGUCCACCAAGUGCACGAAUAACCUGGCUGCCAUCAUCAAAGAGGGAUUCCUCCUGAAGCACACUUGGUCCUUUCAGCGCUGGCGACGUCGAUACUUUCGCCUGAAGCGGAAUAUGCUAUUUUACGCCAAGGAUGAAAAGAGCGAUGUUUUCGACGAUAUUGACCUUUCGGAUCUGUGUUAUUUCGAGUGCGGCAUCAAGAACGUAAAUCAUAGUUUUCAGAUAAUCACUCCCACCCGCUCCUUGGUGCUCUGCGCCGAGUCCCGCCGCGAAAUGGAGGACUGGCUGGGCAGCCUGAAGACGGCCACGGCGCCGCAGAGGCCGCGCGGCGACAGCUUCCUGAUCGAGCAGCACGACAUCCUGUCCAACCACCACCACUGGUACGCCACCUCCCACGCCCGCCCCACCUACUGCAAUGUGUGCCGGGACGCCCUGUCCGGCGUGACAUCGCACGGACUCAGCUGCGAGGUGUGCAAGUGCAAGGUGCACAAGCGGUGCGCGGCCAAGUCGAUCGCCAACUGCAAGUGGACAACGCUGGCGAGUGUGGGCAAGGACAUCAUCGAGCAGGCGGAUGGAAUCAUCAUGCCGCACCAGUGGAUGGAGGGCAACCUGCCGGUGUCCUCCAUGUGCGCCGUCUGCAAGAAGACCUGCGGAUCGGUGCUGAGGCUCCAGGACUGGCGGUGCCUCUGGUGUCGAGCCACAGUCCACGUGGCUUGUCGCCCCCAGAUGGCGGUGGCCUGUCCAAUCGGACCCGCCAAGCUGUCCGUCGUUCCCCCCACCAGUGUCCACUCGAUCAGCACCGACGACGCCUGGGAUGUGGCCAGUCCCAAGGGCAACUUCUCACCCCUGCUGGUCUUCGUGAACUCCAAGUCCGGGGAUAAUCAGGGAGUAAAGUUUUUGCGGCGCUUCAAGCAGUUGCUGAACCCAGCCCAGGUCUUCGAUCUCAUCUCCACGGGUCCGAGCCUGGGAUUGAGGCUCUUCAGGCACUUCGAGAUGUUCCGCAUUUUGGUCUGCUCGGGUGACGGAUCCGUGGGCUGGGUGCUCAGCGAAAUCGAUCGCUUUAACAUGCAUAAACAAUGUCAGGUGGCCGUGAUGCCAUUGGGCACUGGCAACGAUCUGGCCAGGGUUUUAGGAUGGGGCUCUAGCUGCGACGACGACACCCACCUGCCGCAGAUCCUGGAGCGCUACGAGUCGGCCAGCACCAAGAUGCUGGACCGCUGGAGCAUCAUGGUCUUUGAAAAGGCCAUACCCGUGCCUAAAACGCCGAAGAUGUCGAUCAGCACUGAGCAGGAGGCGAUGCUCACUGGCAUGGUGACUUCGGCCAACCACCACUUGCGCUUCAUAGUGGAAACCAAUGACACCCAGACCCUAAUCAGCUCCACGCGAAAUCUCUGCGACACCGUUGACGAUUUGGUGUGUCGCAUCUCGGAACACCACAAAGAAGAUGAACAGCUGGCCGUGAAGUGCGAUAUCCUCAAGCAGAAACUGAACAUGCUGCUGGACGCACUGCAGGAGGAGGAGAUCGGCGCCCACAGCGGCGACGAUUUGAUAGCCACCAUCAGGAGUCUUAUUUCAAGAAGUAUUCCGCUGACACCAGGAUCCAGUGCCUCUCUGCUUAACCCGAACAUAUCAAUUGAAAAGACGGAGAAAGACCAAAUUAACACAAAGGAGCGCAGGAACAGUCGGUCGCUUCGCUCCAGCGAGAAGGAGGCGCUCCAGUGUCGUGCCAACAGUGUCAAGCGGGCCAUCUACAAUGUUGUGGAGCACUCGGAGCCGGGGCGUCCCAAACGCUACCAGCGCAAGCUCUCGAUCACGCCAUUUGAGGCACUGAAGCUACCCACUAACACUUCCGGGGAAUCAACGCCCUGCACCUCUCCUUUGCCAAUAAUCCCACCCAUCAACAUUAUCUCCCCCACCAUGGAAACCUCUCGACUUACCUGCAUAUCUCCGCUGCCCGAUACACGACGGGAUUCCGUGGACGAGAGCUUCUUUAACAGUAUCAAUCUGCCGGCUCCGCGUCAAUUUGCGGAUAGCCGCAGGAGCUCUGGAGUGGAGGUGAUCCAGGAGAUCGAGGAGGGUGUCAAUGGGGAGACCAUAUACCGAAGGAGUCGCAUGUCCCUGACUGGUGGAGCCAAUAUCGAUGAUGCUGGUAAUCGUCUGUCACCCAGCGGUGAUGGUGGCGGUAACACGCCCACCGAACGCAAAGUGGACUUCCUGCGGGUUCCCAUACACACGGGUGAGCCGAUCGUAGACCCCCUAUCCGACUAUCGGCCGCACGAGGUCUUCGAACGUACCUACUAUAUGACCCGUGAAAUGGACAAAGACAAGGACAAGGACAAGGACAAGGAAAAGGAGAAGGAGAAAGACGAAAAUGUGGAAAAUGGCAUGAAGGACAAGUGUGUGGAAAAGGAGGACAGCAUGCCCACCGAGAAACUGGUACACACUUGUAACCUGCAGGUACCCGGCGUUGUCGUUACCCCCAACUCCCAAAAUGUUUACACAAGCGCCAGUAUAACAAUCAUUGAUACCGAUGCACAGACCAUCACCGAGCAAUCCUCCUCUGACGAUCUGGGUGGCGAGGCCAGCGACGUUCUUUCGGCCAUUAGCAAUGAAGAGUGCAGCGUGGCUUCCGAAAUAUUCGACAAGCACGACGCCGGACAAACCGUGGGUGAUAUUAUCCAGAACAUGGAUGCCAGCAACUUCACCCACAUCGACUCUCCGGAGACAAGUGAUGAGACGGAGGCCAUGCCCGGCGAGAGCAUCAUGGACGACAUUAGCUCUGUACUAGGCCACGACAUAACCUAUGCCCUGCAGGAUAAUACCCUGACCGACGACACAACCACUCUCUGCUCGGAGAACGCGGGGCCACCGAAACCCCCCCGCAAAAAGUCGUUAGGCGCCUUGAGCCGGGCCCACCCCCAUCCGCGAAGGCGUAACUCCUCUCCGCCGAGAAUCGCGCGAUUGGCGCGUAUGGAUAGCGAUGACAAUCCGCAGCAGUUCGGAUUCGAAAAUAUCGUUUUCGAGAUUGACAAUCGAUGUGACGACCAAAAAAUGCGGGAACCACCGCGCUUCUGUAGUCUGGCGCAGUUCGUUGAAGGUAACGAUAUAGCGCGACAGAGCUUCAAGCAGCUAAUGCUAGAACAACAACGAAGCGGCGACCACAAUUGUGAUGACCCUGACGCCCAACAAACGCCAACGAAUAAUGUGGCCAGUUCACUGGCCACCACCAGCGAGGACGAGCUGUCCACGCAGACGGCCAUCAAAAUUGAAAUACAAGACGUUGAUGCCGCUGUGCGCAACGUCAACAGCAGCAUGAAGGUGAAUACGAUCUUGACCACGUCGACAUCGCCCACGAAGAAAUCGGGCCAUGGACAAGAUGUAAAGCGCAUUACUUUUGAUGAGUCGUGUAAGAAAGAAUCCUUUGAUGAUGUAAAUCCCAACUAUCCACAGAUAAGUGUUGUUGUGAGGCCGCCGACGCCGUUGCGCGGCGACUCCGUGAAGCCCACGGUUACGCUCCUGCCGGGCUCCUCCGGCGGAGCAACGGCCGUGUCCAUGGCCUGCUCCGGAAUGCUGGGCGUGCGAGCCAUGAACGCCUCAGAAAUCAGGCGCCACUCCAGCCACGCCCCUGGGCUGGCAGUCCGCGAGUUCGACAAGGACAAGGAUCGCCGACACUCGGGCUUUAAUCCCAACCAGCUGGCGCUGGACCCGGAGCACGCCCGCUUCCUCAGCAGCUCGCCGGCCGCCAGUCGCAGGAUCAGCUGCGGCAGCCUCUUCAAGAAGAAAAACCAAAAGGUUGCCACCAAGCGCGGCUACGGAUUGUUCACUGUUCGAUUCUUUGUGGUGGCCGAGCCAGAUAUUCGCCUAGCCACACUGGCGCUUAUCAGGCCGCUGAUUCCUCUGCCGAACGAAGCACUUCCGAAUCUGCAGACCCUCAAGGGUUCCAAGUCGAGCUUGUUCAUGGGCUCAACUCUAUUCGGCUUCGAUCACUUCGCUGCCGGGGACAAGGACAAGGAGGAGAGGGCCGGCAAGGAGAAGGAGAAGACGCCCACCGAGGAGACCAAUCGCAAGUUGCCCAUAAUCAAUCCAUUGGUGCGACUGCCCAACUGGCCAAACCUUGCCAAUGGCGGUGGCUUCAUAUCGAAAUGUCUUCUGGCCAAUGCCGAUACCCUCUGCGCCGCUGUCAGCCCUCUAAUGGAUCCGGAUGAGACACUCCUGGCCGGUUACCACGAGAAGUGUGUUAUGAACAACUACUUUGGCAUCGGAAUCGAUGCCAAGAUCUCGCUGGACUUUCACAACAAGCGGGAGGAGCACCCAGAGAAGUGUCGCUCCCGAGCCCGCAACUACAUGUGGUAUGGUGUACUGGGAUCCAAGCAGCUGUUGCAGAAGACCUGCAAGAAUCUGGAGCAACGCGUGCAGCUGGAGUGCGAUGGCCAGAGAAUUCCGCUGCCGGAACUCCAGGGGAUCGUCAUCCUUAACAUACCCAGCUUCAUGGGCGGCACUAAUUUCUGGGGCAGCAGUAAGAAGGACGACAUAUUCCUGCCGCCCAGCUUUGAUGACAGAGUCCUCGAGGUGGUGGCUGUCUUUGGAUCCGUGCAGAUGGCCGCCUCGCGGCUGAUCAACCUGCAGCAUCAUCGGAUUGCCCAGUGUCAGAGCGUGCAGAUCAACAUCCUGGGCGACGAGGAGAUACCCAUCCAGGUAGACGGCGAGGCUUGGCUGCAGCCCCCGGGAAUGAUCCGCAUCCUGCACAAGAACCGAGUCCAGAUGUUGUGCAGGAACAGGAGUCUGGAGCUCUCACUGAAGAGCUGGCAGGAGAAGCAGCGCCAGCACAGUAUAUCCAUCCAAAGGGAUGCAUCCUCCACAGCCUCGGAACAUGCCAUAUCCACGGACGAGGUGAUCUCCGAACGCGAAUGCUACGUGCUCCUUAACUUCAUCGAAGCCGUAAGCUCGUUGGUCAAGUGGGUCAAGUUCCUCAUCAUUUCGCAUCCGGCCCUGCAACACGAUCUCUACGAGGUGGCCUGUCGGGCCAGUGAAGCCCUGGAGUCCAUCCACCCGCAGGGCAAGCUGCUCGAAGGACCCUCACUGCGCACCAAGUUGGUGGAGGUCAUCGACUCCUCUCGCCAGCUGUACGACGAUGCGUGCACCCUGCUGCGCGAUCGGGGCCAUAGUUUGAUCCUCCGCGAGGAUCUGGAGACCAAGCUCAGCGCUGCGUUGGCCAACAUGGAGAUGGAGCUCAAAAAGUGCUCCGUGCAAAAGUGCAUCGACGGCAAGCUGCGGGCCUACUUCAAUGUCUUGGCGCCAAACGAAGAGCCCGAUGGCCGCCGGAAGUCUCGACCCUUCUGGGUGCGUUUGCGUUCCGGCUCGACCGCCGGCCAGCAGGCCUUUAAGCCACCUUUGACCAACACCCGCGAGGCAGCCAACAACUGGAGCGUCAACGAGGUGGUCACCUGGCUGGAAACGAUGCAACUCUCCGAGUAUGUGGACAGCUUCCUGAAGAACGACAUUCGCGGUAAGGAGCUGCUCACUCUGGGAAGGCGUGACCUUAAGGAUCUGGGCGUGGUCAAGGUGGGCCAUGUCAAGCGUAUACUGCAGGCCAUCAAGGACCUCAGCGAGAACUAGGCUUCCCGGGAUUCAGUUGCUGACUAGUACAAAGAAAUAAGUCUUCGAAUCGCGGUCUUUGAGAUGAAGGGGGAAUGUAAAGCUAUUAUGGGACAAAAAUGCAUACAACAAUCACUAAUUAAUAGGCUAGCUUAGCUAACAUGUCAACAGGAAGGGGAAUCGAAUGAACGAACAAGUAAAAACUUCGAAUGCAUUCAUUUGAAGAAAACGACGAUAACACAAACGAUACUCCUUACACAUUUAUGCCUAACUGACUUACACUCCUAAAACUUAAUUGUACAUAGAAUUAUUGAUUGGCAGAGAAUUGUACAUUUUUGCAACUCCUAGCCAUGUAAAUUAGCGAAAAACGCAAGGCACUUAAAAUUGAUUUUGUUUUUUCGCAUGCGUGUGUCAAAACGAAUAACAUUACAAAUUGGCAGUAAACGAAUUUAAAAGUAGUGGCACAUGGGAGUACUAAACAAAACCGUUAGGUCGAUAUAGGUAUAAUGUUAAGUGUUUACCCUUCAAUUUACGCUUAAAUUACAAAAAAAAAAACGUACUCCCAAAAAAAAUUACAAACCCAAAUAAAAACAUAAACAACCGACUUACCAACUGAGAAAACAUGAAAUUGAUUCUAAAUUUAUAAGCAAUUUAAAUUUUACAAAAAAAAAAAAACUCCCAACCCAAUCUAAACUUAAUAAAAUUACAAUAUUAAAGUACCUUAAAAUAGAUAUUCGAAACUAUGUUUACAAAUGUUUCCCCAACCAUCGUUAAAUCGAAAUGAUGCUUGCAUUAUGUUUAUGAAAAAUCGGGAGCCAAUUCUCGUAAUUCUCUCUCAGCAAAGAAAAGUCUGUUAAACGUGUCAUUUUUGUGGUAACCAAAAGCAACUCUACUUGUUUAUUAAAAUGAAUUUAGUUUUUAAGUCCGUGACUUUUUUAAGCUAAGUUUAGGUUAGAGCAUUGGGGGUCUUGGUGCCGGAUGCGGUCACCCGGAAAAUUCAUUUGGUACUAUAUACAAGCAUAUGGUAAAAUCUUAGCUAGCAUUGGGAUACUGAUUUCAGUGUUCGGAACCUUUUUGGUAAUCCUUUUAAUUGUUUACAUUUAAGUGGAUCCAAGUUAAAACCAACCACUUUGUCAAAACGUAAAGCGAAAUUGUGCUAAAUUAUUUAUAAACGUAAACAUUUAUUGAAUUAUUUGUGUUACUCUUUAUCUCUCUAUCUUAACACAAAUAUAUAAUAUAGCUGCAUAUGAGUACCUUUUACUGUCCAUCAAACUGAAAUGACCUGAAUGCUUCGACCCAUCUUCAAAUGUUUGCUCAAGUUGCCUCCAGUUGAGUGAGUUUUUGAAAUGGCACUGCAGUAGUCUGUUGCGGUUUAGCCCAUAACAAAUCACUUGAGCGAAGUCUAUAAAUUAUAUUUUUUGAUAUAUAAGUAUAAAUGAGCCCAGACCAACUCGAUUGAUUUGUUGUGAUCCUACGACGAACUUAUUUUCCAAAAGCACCAGUAGCAAUCCAAUGAUUUCGAACUGUCUGGACACAUAUUUGAGAAACUAUUUACGCUUAUGAAUUACAUAGAUAAAAUAUAAAUACUUUUAAGGAAAUCCAUUAUAGAAAGUCCUUUAACAUAAAAAAAAUUUUAAAAUACCAUGUUCAAAAUUGAAGACACAUUUUUUCGAAAAUUUUUCGACACAUGUAUUUUCGAGCAAACUUUAAAGUAAUUAAAACUAAAAUUAAACAAAACAUAAGGCAAGUAACUGGUAUAAUUGAUAUACUUAAAGUAAAAGUCUAAUCGGCAAUUCCCAUUCCCACAAAACUUGUUAUCUUUUUCAGUUUCUCCAUAAAUCAUCUCUUAACAUACUAUUCAUUGUUUUAUGUUAUUCUUAAAAAAAACUGUGAUAGCAGCUUUCUAUAUUUCUGUUUUGCAGUUUGCCAAGUGCAAUACAAAAUCAAUUCAAAGUCUUAUAAAUUGUUGGUACACAAUCAGUAAAUUGGUAAUGCCUAUUACAACCAUUUACCAGCAAUUAACGUAUUACAAUAUACCUUUAAAAUGUAACUUCAAACUACCUACAUUCCAAACGUAAAAAUACUACAAAGCGUAAAAAUCUUGUUGUGCAAAACCAUUCUGAUAGAAUCACAAAUCAUAAUACAGUAAAGUGAAAAGCAAAUAAUAAAGCAACAAUAAUUCCUACUAAGCAUAAUACACCCAUAAUAACAAAAAACAUUUUCUUGAAGAAAAACCUAAUAUCACCAAUAAUAAAAACAAAACAAA